AUGGGAAAGGAGCGACGCAAAUCCAGGAGUCGAAGCAGAAAGCUGAGUUCACCCGAGGACACGGAUCUAUCUCCAGAGUCAAGGUUGCAGCUGCUUGAGGUGGAAAAUGCGACAUUGAAGGCAGAGAACCGCGAGCUGCGAAAGAAGCUUGUGGAGGCUUUGCGUCAAGGUGGAAAUGGGGCCCGCAACAAGCCGGACAAGCAGAAGGAUGACGGUAACAGAGCUGCCCGGGCGACAGAGGAGGAUAAGCGAUCCGCGCGGGAGGAACCUGUCGCAGCAUCAGACACCAAUGCGGUUCUUCUCGUCAACGCCCAGAUGGAGGCUUACAACGAGCCUAUCCCCAACAACAUUCCACCGGAGAAGCGGCUGCCAAUGGUGGAGAAGAAACUGAUGCGGUUCAUGGUCCAGUUUGAUGACAAGGUGCAGAUCCUUGACCUCAAAUCGGGACAGACGAUCAUCAAGGAUCGCAACCUCUUCAUCAAGAGGUACACUUGUGUCUUCAGGGAGUCCGGCUCGAAGCUUCAGGGGUCCUGCUUGAAGCGGUUCUACUUCGAUUCAUCAGGUCCAACGUAUUGCGUUGACUACGAGAUGCAUGAGAGCCUGGUAACGGCCAUGCCUGGCACACCCCCUGAUGGCAAGCUGGGUGUACGUGAGCCACGAACAGAACACUUGAUUGUCCUGUACGAGGAGAAGGGUGGGAAGCUAACGCGCAUGUGGUUGAGGCCUGAUAGCGAAAAAUUGGGCAGCGACCCCUAUGCCGGUGAGGACAUCCUAGCAUCCAGCGAGGCAUACAAGCAAUUUGAGGCAAAAUUGAAAGAAGUCACGGGCGGCAAACUGGGAGAGCGCAUCUUCCACAACUACCACGACAUCCCGAGUGUUGGCUGA